AGUGUUUUUGGUGGGGUACAAAUUGGCGUUGUGUUGCAUGAAAAUUAAUUUCAGCAACGUAUUGUUAUCAUUUUUUAUAUUUUUCCUCCUCUCACAGUGACAGCAUUUCAAUAAGGCGUGACGCAAAGUGCGAUCGAAUCGGAAUUCGGAACUGACCGUUUGCGUUCUAGCAUUAAUUUCAAAUUGGAUGUAUGGAAUGCCUGCAGUAGAUGUCUAGCGGUCUCGGAGAUUUUUGUCGGAUGACGUUUCCCAGCUGUUUGGGAUACCAGCAGGAUCUGUCGGACGAUCUCUCUGUGCCCGGCGGCAUGGCGCGAGAACCGGUCAUUCUCAAUGUUUAUGACAUGUACUGGAUAAACGAGUAUACCUCGAACAUCGGGUUCGGCGUCUUUCACUCCGGCCUAGAGAUCUACGGUUUUGAGUACGCGUACGGCGGCCACCCGUUCCCGUUCUCGGGGGUGUUCACCAUACGACCCAGGGACGCGGACGACCUCGGUGAACAGUUCAAGUUCAAACAAUCUAUACAUUUAGGGUACACGGACUUCACGAGAGACGACUUGGAUCGAAUCAUCGAGGAAAUGGGCAAGGACUUUCGCGGUGACCGAUAUCAUCUUAUCAACAAGAACUGCAACCACUUCACAUCCAAUCUGUCACAGCUGCUGACGGGCCGCGAGAUCCCCUCGUGGGUGAACCGGCUGGCCUCUGUCAGCGCCAUGGUGCCGUUCCUGGAGCGCUGUCUGCCCAAGGAGUGGCUCACACCGGUGGCCCUGCAGCACUCGCUGGAGGAGACACCCGGCCAGCCGACGGCCACCACCCCCGGCUCGGCGGCGCCCGGCCCGCCGGCGUCCGGCUCCGGCGCGGCGCCCUCACACUCCUCCUCAAUGAACUCGAUAUAGGGAAGACGGCAGCCUCCGCCCGACUAGCUACUGCCGUCUGCCUACCCGGCCGGCCGUCUGCCUGUGUGGGGCUCUAGGCGGGGUUUGUGGGACGCGGCGGUGCCCAGGGGUGAGGUUUUCUGGGAGAGCUGAUACAACCUUCGGACUCCGCACCGCGGGCGGUGGGCGUAUUUUAGGGUAAGGGAAUGUAAUCACUAUGAGACAGGCAUAGUGAGCGAGUCGUUCUUUCAGUUUCAGUACCGGUGAGUACUUUGAGGAGGCACUGGUUGCGUGGUCUAGGGUGCAUUAGCGGACUUCUGAGCCCGAUAUCUCGGGUCUCCUGUGUGCUGUCGGGCUGAACGGUUCGGGUAUCCUAUAUAUGCCGCCGGACCGUACGGUCCAGAAUCAACAGACCGCAUGGUUCUGGUCUCUUGUAUGGCCUGAAAUGGACGGCCCGGGUACUUUGUUGAACCCGACUGUCUAGUGUCGUACUGGGCGGUUCGGUCUCCUAUGUGCAGUAAAUUGGUGGCCCAACUGUCGUGUGAGCGACCGGCCGACGUUUGGUGGUGGGUUACGGCGCAUUGCCUCAGGUCCGGCGCGUUGGCUGCGCUCCUGGCGCUACUGUGACGUCAGCAGCCGACCUAUGGUAACCCGAUGCCAAAUCGAUGCGCCGCCCGGGGACUGGGUUUCCUGUGUCCGUUUGUUGUAGUUACUACCAGAAAAGGAACUAGCUGACUUCUAGAAGACCAUGGUUACCCAUUACCGUAUUUUUGUACGCCGCUCCAUUAAAUUUUCUCGUGUGGUUUUUAAUGUUGCUUUGGCGAGCUCCGGUGGCUACUGCUGUACAUACUGGGCGGUGAGUGGUGGCUCAUGAUGGAGCCGUAUCCGGGGCCUAUGGCGACUCGUCUCCUGUUUCCAGUGUGCUCCCGGUGUUGGAUGUAUCCCUGCUCCCGCUUGAGAUAGGCCUGCGACUAGUGGCAUUCUGUAUAUGUAGCGCUCGAUGUGAAGUUUGUGGGUGAGACGGACCAGCAAAUGGUAAUGUAUUGAGAUGACGGUGGGAUAUGGAUGCGAAUGCAAAAGACGAGCGUAACCAAAGUUUUCGAGUGGCUGAGUCUCGACGUGCGCUUUCUCGCGGAAGCAGGGCCCAGUGUGACAUGUGCUGUAUCGUGGUUCGCUCUAUCUCCUGUGUCGUGUUGAGAGGGCCGAUGACUUUGCCACUCGGUUAUACCCUUCAGUAGCCGAGGAUUUCAGGACAUUGCGUGGUGAACAAUGUUUUCAAUUCUUCGUUGACGGAAUACUUCGAAAAGCAUGAUCAUGCUAUUCCAUAACACUAUCAUUGUAGAUAUUCUUUAACUGCGCUCUUUCAUGGACUUGUUAAACCACAAAAUUUAUAAUAUUGCUUGUUAUUCAAAUAAAUAUGAGCUCCGAGAUGGAAGGACAAAUUGGUGUAGAUCUGACCAUAGCCUGGCGUGGAUGUGACAUUCUCUUAGCCUGGGUUCAAGGAAUGGUGUUGCAUGUUACGCAUUGGGUUCUAGUACUUGCAAUGGUUAGUAGGUACAACGAACUGAUUAACUUGUGUCUCAUAAAUAUACGGUCGGCCUGAAGGGUCGUCAACUAUAUUGUAA